CCCGCCCCCUCCUCGCGAGCUAACGGGCGUCUCUCGCGCGCUCCCUUCCCUCCGCGUGGGUGUGAGUGCGCGAUCCUCCUACCUCGGCCUUCUCCCCAUUGUUUCUUCGCGGCCACCACGAGACCCCUCCCCCCAGUGCUGUUCCCCCCUCCCCCGCCCCGGUGUAAACGGUGCCUGUGGGGCCCCCCGAACGAAGGGAGGGGGCACCCCUGAACCCUUUCCUCUGCGCGUAGCUCCUCCUCUCCCGGGCCAGGACCCCAUUACAGGCUCUGUCCUCUCCCCUCCCCCUCUCCCCCGGCAACCGCUCUCCCUCGCCCCCUCCCCUCAGCGGGUCCUCCUCUUUCUCUCCUUCUCCCUCUCCCUCCUCCUCCCCCUCCCCAUCCCUUCCCCCCCACAAUGCAGUUCGCGGCGCGGCGGACAUGGCGGUGGAGUCCUGAGCUAGUCGUGUCCCGGCCUCCAGCGGCGGCAGCGGCGACGGCGGCGGCAGCAGGAGGCGGAGGGAGAGCAGGAACCACUGAGAUGAGGAGGCGUCGCGCGCGCCUGUAGCUCGCGGGCCUCGCAGUUUGCUUGCCUAAACUGGAUUUGAAGCAAUUUAAACUACUGGAGAUCUGCCAUUUUAUAAUAUCACAAUUGGAAAGAAACAGAUUUUCAAAUAAUGGAAGAAUCUAAAACCUCAAAAAGUGAAAAUCAUGAACCAAAGAAGAAUGUUAUUUGUGAAGAAAGUAAAGCAGUUCAAGUUAUAGAUAAUCAAACAUUGAAAGCUAGAAAUGAUAAAUCCGUAAAAGAAAUUGAGAACAGCUCUCCAAAUAGGAAUAGUAGUAAAAAAAAUAAGCAAAAUGAUAUUUGUAUAGAAAAAACAGAAGUUAAAUCAUGUAAAGUAAAUGCUGCCAAUCUUCCAGGUCCUAAAGAUUUGGGGUUAGUCCUUCGAGAUCAAAGUCAUUGCAAAGCAAAAAAAUUUCCUAAUUCACCGGUGAAAGCCGAAAAGGCAACCAUUUCACAGGCAAAAUUAGAAAAGGCAACCAGUUUACAGGCAAAAGCAGAAAAAUCACCAAAGUCACCCAAUUCAGUGAAAUCAGAAAAAGCAUCCAGUUAUCAGAUGAAGUCAGAAAAGGUACCAAGUUCACCAGCAGAAGCAGAAAAGGGACCCAGUUUACUGUUGAAAGACAUGAGACAGAAGACAGAAUUACAACAGACUGGAAAAAAAAUUCCAAGCUCCUUUACUUCUGUGGACAAAGUGAAUAUUGAAGCUGUAGAGGGAGAAAAAUGUGCUCUGCAAAACUCACCACGAUCUCAGAAGCAACAGACAUGUAUAGAUAAUACUGGUGAUUCUGAUGAUAGUGCUUCAGGAAUUGAAGACGUAUCGGAUGAUUUAAGUAAAAUGAAGAAUGAUGAAUCUAAUAAAGAAAAUUCUUCAGAGAUGGACUAUUUAGAAAAUGCCACUGUGAUAGAUGAAUCUGCAUUGACACCUGAGCAGAGGCUGGGGUUGAAACAAGCAGAAGAACGCUUAGAAAGAGAUCACAUCUUUCGACUUGAAAAACGAUCACCAGAAUAUACCAAUUGUCGGUAUCUAUGCAAACUUUGCUUAAUUCACAUUGAAAAUAUCCAGGGGGCUCAUAAACAUAUAAAGGAGAAACGACAUAAGAAAAAUAUUUUGGAAAAACAAGAAGAAAGUGAGCUUCGUUCUCUGCCACCUCCUUCCCCUGCCCACUUGGCUGCUUUAAGUGUUGCAGUCAUUGAAUUAGCAAAAGAACAUGGAAUAACAGAUGAUGACCUCAGAGUCCGUCAGGAAAUUGUGGAGGAAAUGUCAAAGGUUAUAACGACAUUUUUACCAGAAUGUUCACUUAGGUUGUAUGGCUCAUCUCUGACUAGAUUUGCUCUGAAAAGUAGUGAUGUUAAUAUAGAUAUAAAAUUUCCUCCCAAGAUGAAUCAUCCAGAUCUUCUGAUAAAAGUACUUGGGAUUUUAAAGAAAAAUGUAUUAUAUGUAGAUGUGGAAUCUGAUUUUCACGCUAAAGUUCCUGUUGUGGUGUGCAGAGAUCGAAAAAGUGGUUUACUUUGUAGAGUGAGUGCAGGAAAUGAUAUGGCAUGUCUCACUACUGAUUUACUUACUGCCCUUGGCAAAAUAGAACCUGUCUUUAUUCCCUUGGUGUUAGCCUUUCGCUACUGGGCUAAGUUGUGCUAUAUUGACUCCCAAACUGAUGGUGGAAUCCCUUCUUACUGUUUUGCUUUAAUGGUGAUGUUUUUUCUACAACAGAGAAAACCCCCUCUUCUUCCUUGCUUACUUGGAAGUUGGAUUGAAGGCUUUGACCCAAAAAGAAUGGAUGACUUUCAGCUGAAGGGCAUAGUAGAAGAGAAGUUUGUGAAGUGGGAAUGUAAUUCAAGUAGUGCAACUGAGAAAAACUCAAUUGCUGAGGAAAACAAAGCUAAGGCAGACCAACCAAAAGAUGAUACCAAGAAGACAGAAACAGACAACCAAAGUAAUGCCAUGAAGGAAAAACAUGGCAAAUCUCCUUUAGCAUUGGAAACACCAAAUCGGGUAUCCUUGGGACAGUUAUGGUUAGAGCUGCUUAAAUUCUACACACUGGAUUUUGCUUUGGAGGAAUAUGUCAUAUGUGUACGGAUACAAGAUAUUUUAACAAGAGAAAAUAAAAACUGGCCUAAAAGGCGAAUAGCCAUUGAAGAUCCAUUUUCAGUCAAGAGGAAUGUUGCACGGAGCUUAAACAGCCAGCUGGUUUACGAAUAUGUUGUGGAGAGAUUUAGGGCAGCUUAUCGGUAUUUUGCCUGUCCUCAGACGAAGGGUGGAAAUAAGUCUACAGUGGAUUUCAAGAAAAGAGAGAAGGGGAAAAUAAGCAAUAAGAAACCAGUCAAGUCGAACAAUAUGGCAACCAAUGGUUGUAUUCUGCUUGGGGAAACCACAGAAAAAAUAAAUGCAGAAAGAGAGCAACCUGUUAAAUGUGAUGAAAUGGACUGUACAUCACAGAGAUGUAUUAUUGACAACAACAAUUUGUUGGUAAAUGAACUAGAUUUUGCUGACCACGGACAGGACUCUUCAUCUCUUUCUACCAGCAAAAGCAGUGAAUUAGAGCCAAAAUUAGAUAAGAAACAAGAUGAUUUAGCGCCUUCAGAAACUAGUUUAAAAAAAGAGCUCAGCCAAUGUAAUUGCAUUGAUUUGUCUAAGUCGCCUGACCCAGAUAAAUCUACUGGAACAGACUGCAGGUCAAAUUUAGAAACAGAGAGUUCACUUCAGAGUGUGUGCACCGACACAUCUGCUACCUCUUGCAACUGCAAAGCUACAGAAGAUGCUUCUGACCUUAAUGAUGAUGAUAACUUCCCCACCCAGGAAUUAUAUUAUGUGUUUGAUAAAUUUAUUUUAACCUCUGGCAAGCCACCAACGAUAGUAUGCAGCAUCUGCAAAAAGGAUGGCCAUUCAAAGAAUGAUUGCCCAGAGGAUUUUAGGAAAAUUGAUUUAAAACCUCUACCACCAAUGACAAACCGAUUUCGGGAAAUACUUGAUUUAGUAUGUAAAAGAUGUUUUGAUGAGUUAUCACCACCUUGUUCUGAACAACACAACAGGGAGCAAAUUUUAAUUGGCUUGGAAAAGUUUAUUCAAAAAGAAUAUGAUGAAAAGGCAAGGUUGUGCUUAUUUGGCUCUUCUAAGAAUGGAUUUGGAUUUCGUGAUAGUGAUCUGGAUAUUUGUAUGACCCUGGAAGGCCAUGAAAAUGCAGAGAAAUUAAAUUGUAAGGAAAUAAUUGAAAAUUUGGCAAAAAUUCUUAAGAGACAUCCAGGUUUAAGAAACAUUUUGCCUAUAACUACUGCCAAAGUGCCUAUAGUAAAAUUUGAACACAGACGAAGUGGGUUAGAAGGCGAUAUCAGUUUAUAUAAUACGUUGGCUCAACAUAACACAAGAAUGCUAGCUACUUAUGCAGCUAUUGAUCCUAGAGUGCAGUAUUUGGGAUAUACUAUGAAAGUGUUUGCUAAGCGAUGUGACAUUGGGGAUGCUUCCAGGGGAAGUUUAUCUUCGUAUGCAUAUAUCCUUAUGGUGCUGUACUUUCUGCAGCAGAGAAAGCCACCUGUUAUCCCAGUUCUACAAGAGAUCUUUGAUGGAAAACAGAUUCCACAGAGAAUGGUUGAUGGAUGGAAUGCUUUCUUCUUUGAUAAAACAGAAGAACUGAAAAAGCGUUUACCUUCACUUGGAAAGAACACAGAAUCAUUAGGGGAGCUUUGGCUGGGACUGCUUCGUUUCUAUACUGAAGAGUUUGAUUUCAAGGAAUAUGUAAUUAGCAUUCGGCAGAAAAAGCUGUUGACAACUUUUGAGAAGCAGUGGACUUCCAAGUGCAUUGCAAUUGAAGACCCUUUUGACUUGAAUCAUAACCUUGGUGCUGGAGUUUCCAGAAAAAUGACCAAUUUCAUCAUGAAAGCAUUUAUCAAUGGAAGGAAACUUUUUGGUACCCCUUUUUAUCCACUCAUUGGCAGAGAAGCUGAGUACUUCUUUGAUUCCAGAGUAUUAACAGAUGGAGAACUGGCUCCCAAUGAUAGAUGUUGCCGUGUGUGUGGAAAAAUAGGCCACUACAUGAAAGACUGCCCUAAAAGGAAAAGCAGUUUACUGUUUAGACUAAAGAAGAAAGACAGUGAAGAAGAGAAGGAAGGGAAUGAAGAAGAGAAAGAUUCCCGAGAUGUUCUUGACCCCCGAGACCUCCACGAUACUCGAGACUUUAGAGACCCGAGAGACCUCAGAUGUUUUAUAUGUGGAGAUGCUGGACAUGUACGAAGGGAGUGCCCAGAGGUCAAGCUGGCCCGUCAGAGGAAUAGCAGUGUGGCAGCAGCCCAGCUGGUCCGCAACCUUGUAAAUGCUCAACAGGUGGCUGGUUCAGCUCAGCAACAGGGUGAUCAGUCCAUAAGGACUAGACAGUCAUCAGAAUGUUCUGAAUCACCAUCUUAUUCUCCUCAGCCUCAGCCAUUUCCACAGAACUCUUCCCAGUCAGCUGCUAUUACUCAGCCUUCAUCUCAGCCAGGAUCCCAACCUAAGCUUGGCCCACCUCAGCAGGGAGCCCAACCUCCCCAUCAGGUCCAGAUGCCACUGUAUAACUUUCCCCAGUCACCACCAGCUCAGUAUUCUCCCAUGCACAAUAUGGGAUUGUUGCCAAUGCACCCUCUCCAGAUCCCUGCCCCAUCCUGGCCCAUCCAUGGCCCAGUGAUCCACUCUGCACCAGGCAGUGCCCCCAGCAAUAUUGGCCUGAAUGAUCCCAGCAUCAUCUUUGCACAGCCUGCUGCCAGACCUGUGGCAAUCCCUAACACGUCUCACGAUGGACACUGGCCCCGUACCGUGGCUCCAAAUUCCCUGGUGAACAAUGGUGCAGUGGGGAAUUCAGAGCCAAGCUUUCGAGGACUGACUCCUCCAAUUCCUUGGGAACAUGCACCGCGUCCCCAUUUCCCCCUUGUCCCAGCUUCGUGGCCUUACGGUUUGCAUCAAAACUUCAUGCAUCAGGGAAAUGCCCGAUUCCAGCCCAACAAACCUUUCUAUACUCAAGCUGGUCUACCGAUGCACAGCAACCAGCCAAUCCUGCUGUCUCAAGGGUAUCCGUACCUCAAUGUCAGUUACAUUCAGCAGAAAAAGUGACAUUUAAUGGAAAGCAAAACAAAUCAGCAUCAGCAUCCUUCAGAAUCCUAUUAAGUGGUGGACUUAAAUCAUUUAUUAACAAGAUACCUGACCCAACUAUGCAUUCAUGUUAAAAUGACUUGGAGCAUUCAAGAUUUAAAUUAACAUUCAAUACUUCAUGUCCUUCCACAUCUUGGAGAACAGGUAAUGACGUAUACAGGGGUGUUUAUUAUUCUCUUUACUUUUGUACAUACAGUAGGUCCUCCAUAUCCAUGGGUUUUGCAUCUAUGGAUUCAACCAACCACAGAUAGCAGAUAUUAAAAAAAAAUGUGUACUGAACUUGUACAGUUUGUUAUUAUUCCCUAAACAAUAUAACAACUUUUCCCACAGAAUUUCCAUUGUAUGAGGCAUUAUAUGUAAUCUAGAAAUGAUUUAAAGUAUAAAGGAGGAUGUGCAUAGGUUAUAUGCAAAGACUACACUAUUUUAUAUCAGGGACCUGAGCAUCCUUGGAUUUUGGUAUAUCUGCGGGAGGUCCUGGAACCAACCCCCCACCAGAUACCAAGGGGAGGAUUGUAUUUGAAAUAUUCAUUAAAAAUAAAACAACUUCCAAUAACAGAAUGCCCCAACCCCUCAGCCUUUCUUCCUUAAGGAAGGCAGUAUAAUACCACUUGGCAAAACCUAUUAACUGGCAACCUAGUAACCAACAGCCUAGGUUUUACUUAUAUGAUAGUGUUAUAGAUACUAGUUUUCAGCAUCUCAUUUGCCCCUCCUUCAGUAACUGCCAGUGUUCAAUAAUUGGCAAAACUGUUCUGUUGAAAAACAUAUAUAGUUUAAAAUUGAUAUAGUAGAAACUCAGAUUUUAAGUCUGCAAAGUAGAUUAUGAGUUCAGAUUCAUUGUAGAGCAGUUAAGUAGAAAAUUAUCAAUCUUAUACAGGGAGAACACACACAUUUAAGACCAAAUUGUUUUGAAAUGUUCUGCUUAAUGACAUGGAGAUUAGUAUUUUCCCUUGACAUUAGGGUUAUUAAAAAUAUAAAUACGUACUGUAUAUUUGUUUAUAUCCCCUACAGAUGGACAUUUUUGCUGUUUCCAGUUAUUCUUAUAUAUACAUAUUACAUAUGUAAUGUGUAAAAUGAUGAUGGGAUAAAGCUAUUUGUGUGUACAUGUAAUUAUUCUAUUAGGGUGAAUUCCCCUAAGUGGGAUUACUGGGUAAAAGGAUCAAAAGUCCUAAGGUUCCUGCUACAUAUUGCCAAAUUGCCCUUCAUAAAAGUGGUUAUCAAUCUGUAGUUCCAGCAAACAAUACGUAAAAUGUGUUGGUAUGCUUACAAAAAGCUUUUAACUCCCAACAACUCAUUUCUUCCUUGUAGAAAUUAACAUGUUUAUUGUAAAAAGAAAAUAAGCAUUACAUAAAAGUACAAAGUUUAAAAAUCAUUCAAAAGUUCAUCAGCCAGAAAGAAGUACUAUCUGGUGAACUUCAUUCAUUCCAACCAUCUCUCUUAAUCAUACAGGCACAUAUAUACAAAUAGUUUUACAAAAGUGGGCUCAUAUGCUAUAUUUAACAAAUAUAGCAAAUUAACAAAAGGAAAACAAGUGUGAAACUGAAAAAAUGCUCAAUUUAAAUACUUUUUUCCCCACAAGAGAAUCUAGUCUUGUAAGAUUUCUCCUAAAAUUAAGGACAAUUACGGAAAACAAUAAAGAGGCUAUUUUUUUUUCUAGCUUCAUGUAUGUUUUAAUUAGAGACUGUACGUGAUUCCUGCUAUGAAAGAUAAAACCAGCACACUCUACUUGUUAUUUCUGUAUAGGCAGUGUUCAUAAUAUUUGACUUUAUAAUCAUUGCCCAUUAUUUUUAAAGUUUCUGAAGUGUUUACUAACACUCCUUUUACUGAUUCUUUGUUCCUAAGUCCUUAAUUUGAUUCAUUUCUUCUUUAGUUGAAUUUCAUUAUUGGGCGGUUUUUUCCCAAAGACUCAUGAUUUGUACUUUUAAGUUCUUUCUUACAAACUUGAGAACAUCUAUAGCCUUUGUAUUUUAAGACAACUUUGGCAAAGUAUAAAAUUCCUGGCACUUUUUCUCAAACCUUUGGAGCCUUUUGCUUCAUUGCCUUCUUGUUAUAAGAUCUGAGACCAUCCUGACCCCAUUUAAUUCUUUUUUCUUUUUGAGACGGAGUCUCACUCUGUUGCCCAGGCUGGAGUGCAAUGGCGCGAUCUCGGCUCACUGAAAGCUCCGCCUCCCGGAUUCACGCCAUUCUCCUGCCUCAGCCUCCCUAAUAGCUCUGCCCGCCAGCACGCCCAGCUAAUUUUUUGUAUUUUUAGUAGAGACGGGUUUCACUGUGUUAGCCUGGAUGGUCUCGAUCUCCUGACCUCAUGAUCAGUCUGCCUCGGCCUCCCAAAGUGCUGGGAUUACAGGCGUGAGCCACCGCACCCGGCCAAUUCUUUUUAAACCAUCAGAAUAUUUCUUUAUUCUACAUAUUUCUCUUUUCCAUUUUUUAUUUCCUCCAGCCUAUUUUCUCUGUGCUGUUUUAUGUUUUGUGGUUUCUAGUAUAAGGCCUUUAAACUCCACCAAUCUUAUUUUCCAUCUCUUAAUCUCUUUUGAACUUUUUUUUUUUU